AAGGGGGCGGAGUCAGCGAGUUGCUGCAGCUGUCCAUGGUAGUGUGAGCCAAAGAGGUUCUGGAUUCGUGCGAGAUGCUGCCAUAGUCACGCUGCGCCCUGUAAAGACCAGAACCCUUCCGGAUCGCUAUUCUUAGAGAGCAUCAGAGCCGACUAAAAGCCUGUGAGGCAUCAUGGCUGAGCAACAGAGGCAGCGUUCUCUGUCCACCGCUGGGGAGUCUCUCUAUCAUGUGCUUGGAGUUGAAAAGGUGGCCACGUCUGAUGACAUCAAGAGGUCCUACAGGAAACUGGCGCUAAAGUUCCACCCUGACAAGAACCCGGACAAUCCAGAGGCAGCAGAUAAAUUCAAAGAGAUCAACAACGCCCAUGCUAUCCUGAAUGACCCCACAAAGCGUAAUAUUUAUGAUAAAUACGGCUCUCUGGGACUGUAUGUGGCUGAGCAGUUUGGGGAGGAGAAUGUUAAUACUUACUUUGUGCUUUCAAGCUGGUGGGCAAAGGCACUGUUUGUAUUCUGUGGUCUGGCCACUGGAUGCUACUUCUGCUGCUGCCUGUGCUGCUGCUGUAACUGCUGCUGUGGACGAUGUAAACCCCGGCCUCGAGAGGGCCAGGAGCAGGACUUCUAUGUGUCCCCCGAGGACCUGGAGGCUCAGCUGCAGUCUGAUGAAAGAGAGGCUGCUGGUGAGCCCAUAGUGCUGCAGCCAUCGGCAACAGAGACAACCCAGCUAACAUCAGAUGGGCAUUACUCCUACCACACCGAUACCGGCUUCAACUAAUCCCUCCGCUCCCACCCGUCCCAGUCCAGGUUCCCGCCUGCUUCCCUGCUCCACCUCAGUGAGAUGAAAGAAAAAGGCAAAUUCAUCCUUCCAUGUGAGAAGAACAGCCAUGCAGAGGAAAGUGGACUUGUCAGCAUGGCCUUUUCAGAGGAACUAAUGAAGUCACAUCCCCUCCCAUCCUUCCCUGAUCGUACCUUUCCAAUGUGCAGGAAGGAAAGUGAAACAACUAAAACCUUUGGUUUCUUCUUUUGCACUUUAACCACACAGGUCCCCCACCCUGCUUCCCCCUCUCCUAUUGUUUGCAUCAUAGUGUAGCAUGCACUGUGUGAAAAAAAAGCAUUGUUCCUAUAUUUUUUUUACUCCUUGGCAACCGUUUUACUUAUUAACAAGACUCAUGACACAUGUGCAGAGAUGUUAAAAUGAGCACAGCUUACCAGAAGGAGGAGGUAGAGGGUGAUAGAUUUUUUUUAUGCAGGAGGAACAGGGAGCUCUGGCUCAUCAGGGAAGUGCUGGUAAGAAAUAUACAUAAAGAUUCAGGUGCUCAGUGCCAUCAUUAAACUUUAUAGAACUGAUAUAUCCCCAGAUUUGCACUUUUUUGAUUUGUGAUUGGUAUUUUUUUCAGCACAGAGCAAGCUUUGACAUUUAUUUUCUUUGUCUCUUCUAUGUUGCCCCUAAGCUGUUCAUGAAUACCUGCGUGGAAAACCUUUAUGCUUUAGAUAUUUAUUUAUCAUCAGCUUCAUGUUCAAUCACAGCAGAAAGGGCACAGACAGCCUUCUGUGCCUCACCGCAGCAGGCUGUCAUUUUUAUUCUGGUGCAAACUACUGUAAUAGAUUUGGUCCAUUUCACAUUAAAAAUCCCGUAUUUUGCAUCCCAUCCUUAUUUUGUCAUAUCAGCAGCUUAACAGUGACAUUAACCUUGGAUGCAAAAAUCUGAAAAACUCUCAAACAAAACCUUUUUCUUCACGAAGCUUAAGUAUUUUAAAACCAUCCCCAUCAGAGCUGGUUGUAACUGUUCUGUUAUUUCUUUGUUUAGCAGUAGGUCCGUCUUUGCAAAGCUGCACCUCAUUCAGUUUAAUUUGAUUUUUAUUACUCUGCAUUAAGCCAAGGAACUCCAGUUUUUCCAUCUGCACAUGAUGCAAACAUUUUUCUGAUUUUGUUAUAUUAAGCACAAUGAGUUUAUCUUAUUUUAUUUCAUUCUGCAUCAAUAAUCUCAAUUCUUUAAAGCUUCAUCUCAUCCCAGCUGUUUUAAUUAUUUCAUUGCAUCAAGUCAAGGAGCCCAACAUUGUUCAGCUGCACUUCUAGCAAGCUUUUUUUUUUUUUUUUUUUGUCUAUUAGAAAACCCGAAGACUAAACAUCGCUCUCUUCCUGAAUUUUAUUUUAAAUCUAAUAAACCUGAUCUUUUGUCUGAUGCUGUGAUUGUUUAUCAUCGUUGACUUUUAAAACAUGCCAUUUGCAUCUCUAAGGGAAAGAAAUAUUUUCUAUAUAUUACUUUAUUUUUCCCCCGUGUACAUCUUUGCUAUUUUUGCUGCUUCAUGACAGCAACUGAUGUGUUUAAAUGGUUUACAAAUGGUGAGCCCCCGUAGCCCACCCCUCUGCUAUUAAUGGUAUGGAUGUUGACCUCUGUGGCCCUAGUAUGAUGUUUCCUGUAACCCCUCGAUGCAACAUAGAUGUUCCUGUCAUGGCUUUUUCAUCGAAAUACUGAAAAAUGCUACUGUAAACGUUCUCAGCUGAAUGCACCAUGUGUUGAAAAAAAAUCUAAUGGAUCAGGAAAUGACUCCAAAAAAAUACUAUAUUGUGUAACUAUAGUGAAAUGGUUAUAUGAUGAAUUUUGAAGAGUUUAUUUUAUUUCAUAUUCUGUCAUGUUUUAAAGCUGGAUUUCUGGUCAUUUUAAAUGGUAUGGUGUCGUAAUGUAACCAUUAAAUCCAGCCAAGGAUGGUUUAAUGGUUGAAGCUGCCGGUAAAUACACUUGGCCCAUAUAAAGUAUAAACCUUGACAUUUAUGUUCUAGCAUGGUAACUGUGUGUCUGGAAGAAAACAAGUGCAUCAUUGAUCUAAUUUGCUGUUGAAUAAAUGUUCCUCAACAUUUUGA